AUGAUCGAACGAGAAUACCGUAAUCAUUCACCCAUUUGGUGGUACACAGGUCCAUAUUUUAUCUAUUCAAUGCUCAAUUGUGGUCUUCGAAAAAUGGACGUCGACAUUAUUCUCAAAAUGGGUUUUUUCAUCCGGCAUCUGCACAACCAUAUUACACAAUUACAUCGCGAACAACAAGGCAGCAUGCCGACAAAAUUUCAAGUCUUUCGUGGACAAGGUUUGUCCAUUGAAGACUUUGAGAAAAUGAAAAAAACCAAAGGAGGACUUAUGUCCUUUAAUAAUUUCUUAUCAACAAGUCGCAAUCGCACGGUCUCAUUGGACAAUUUCGCACGGCCAGCUACAAAGAAUCCCACUUCAGUCGGUAUCCUCUUUGUUAUGGCCAUCGACACGGCGAUUUGCAUCAAAUCAUCAACACCAUUUGCUGAAGUGAGCAAAGUAGGCUACUACAAAAAUGAAGAGGAAGAGAUACUCUUUUCAACACAUACAAUCUUUCGCAUCGAUCGCAUCGAAAGAAUAGAAGACAAACACACAGAUCGCUUAUGGCAGGUCAAUCUCACCCUUGCAGGUAAUCAAGAUGUUGAUUUUAACAAACUCACGGCACACAUACGCGAAGAGGUCAACUUAAAAGCACCAACACGAGGAGUGCCUCAACUAGCCUUCAUACUUCUUAAACUGGGCGAGCCUGCAAAAGCUAAAAAACUCUACAACAUACUCCUCCCAAAGGCCUCUUCCGAUAUCGAUCGAGCAGAUUACAAUCAUAAACUUGGCUGGGCGUAUGAUAACAUGGGCGAGUACUCGAAAGCACUUUCAUCGUAUGAACGAUCACUUGAAAUCACUAAAAUAGCUCUCCCUCCAAAUCAUCCCGACUUGGCUUCUUCCUACAACAACAUCGGUGUGGUGUAUAAAGAGAUGGGCGAGUACUCGAAAGCACUUUCAUCGUAUGAACGAUCACUUGAAAUCCGGAAAAUAGCUCUCCCUCCAAAUCAUCCCGAUUUGGCUAGUUCCUACCUCAACAUCGGUUCGGUGUAUAAUAACAUGGGCAAGUACUCGAAAGCACUUUCAUCGUAUGAACGAUCACUUGAAAUCCGAAAAAUAGCUCUCCCUCCAAAUCAUCCCGACUUGGCUGGUUCCUACCUCAACAUUGGUUCGGUGUAUUAUAACAUGGGCGAAUACUCGAAAGCACUUUCAUCGUAUGAACGAUCACUUGAAAUCAAGAAAAUAGCUCUCCCUCCAAAUCAUCCCGACUUGGCUUAUUCUUAUAACGGCAUCGGUUUGGUGUAUAAUAACAUGGGCGAAUACUCGAAAGCACUUUCAUAUUACGAAAAAGUUCAAGAAAUCUGGAAAAAAUCACUGCCUUCAACACAUCCACAUAUUGCACACGUGAAAAGGAACAUUGAAGAUGUAAAAAAGAAAAUGUAA